CCGUCGAGGUUGGCGACACUGUUGUGAGACGGUUUGCCGUUUUUUGGGGGUUAAAUUUUCCAACCUUGCGAAAAUUGCCUACAACAAAUAGGUAUUAAAUAAAUAGGAAAAAAAUGGCUCUAAAUCCGCAAUACGAAGCGAUCGGUAAAGGUUUUGUACAGCAAUAUUACGCCUUAUUCGAUGAUCCCACUCAACGGGCUAACCUGGUCAACAUGUAUAAUAUAGAAAGUUCGUUUAUGACUUUUGAAGGCACUCAAUUACAAGGCUCUGUGAAAAUUAUGGAAAAACUAAAUAGCUUGUCCUUUCAAAAAAUUAAUAGAAUAAUAACAGCAGUAGAUUCCCAACCAAUGUUCGAUGGUGGUGUUUUAAUUAAUGUAUUAGGUAGAUUACAGACAGAUGAAGAUUUACCACAUGCUUAUGUACAAACAUUUGUUUUAAAACCGAUUGAAGGAAGUUUCUUUGUGCAGCACGACAUUUUUAGACUUGUGCUACACGACACAAUUUAGCCCAUCAAUGCCAGCUGAUGAAGAUCCACCACAUGCAUUCUCCCAAGUGUUUUGUUUGAAACCUCUAGGAAGUUCAUUUUACGUCCAACACGACAUAUUCAGAUUGGGAAUUCAUGAUACAGCCUAAAUUUACAUCUUCAUCCAUCGUUUUAUAUAUACAUAAUUAUAAUACAAAAUCUAAGAAAUGCCGUUUUUGUAACGCUAUGUCUCACCUCUUUAAUGCUUGUUCUUUAUGUUUAAAUUAAAUCCUAUUUUCCAAA